AACUAGAGUGCGGCGUGAACAUGGGGAAGCAAAAGAAAGCAAGAAAAUAUGCAACCAUGAAGCGAAUGCUUAGUCUCCGAGAUCAGAGGCUUAAAGAGAAGGAUAGAUUGAAACCUAAAAAGAAAGAAAAGAAAGAUCCCAGUGCACUCAAGGAAAGAGAAGUCCCCCAACAUCCUUCCUGCUUAUUCUUCCAAUAUAACACACAGCUGGGCCCGCCUUACCACAUCCUGGUUGAUACCAACUUUAUCAACUUUUCCAUUAAAGCCAAACUCGAUUUAGUACAAUCAAUGAUGGACUGUCUGUAUGCCAAGUGUAUCCCUUGUAUAACUGACUGUGUAAUGGCUGAAAUUGAGAAAUUGGGUCAAAAGUAUCGAGUGGCUCUAAGGAUUGCCAAGGACCCAAGAUUUGAACGAUUACCAUGCACACACAAAGGAACCUAUGCAGAUGACUGCUUAGUACAGAGAGUAACUCAGCACAAGUGUUACAUUGUGGCCACAGUUGACCGGGACCUUAAACGAAGGAUCCUGAAGAUCCCUGGAGUUCCCAUCAUGUACAUUUCUAACCAUAGGUACAACAUUGAGCGGAUGCCGGAUGAUUAUGGAGCCCCUCGGUUCUAAUUCUAACACUCUAAAGAUAGAGGUCCUGUGCCUUCCUUUACCAACUUUUUCUGUUGCCAGUUCAUAGAGCAAUACGCUGUA